GUGCAGGAACCUAUUCUCAGGUUGGCUACGAUGUAUAUGCGAAUCCGUAUUUGUGCGCAGUGCUGUGCUCAAUCCUCAGCGAUUACGGGCUUGCCACUUCUGGCACCAUUGCUGUUUUCUAGACCGCUGUGCCGGUUCAUUACUCUCACUCCAUUGGUGCUGACCUUAUCCCAACCUCAAGUCUCAUGUCCAGUGUUCUGCCCAACACCCAGCAGUCUUCCAAUGUAUGCAGUCGCUCCAGUAAUGGGUAUCUCGCGUCAUGUGGGAGACCAUCUGCCUCUGAACCAAGCAACAGUAAGAUAACCUGCUCGCGU